GGAGUUGCAAGCAGGUGUUGCGGGGAGAGAGGAGGUCCACCGGCAAGCUCCUUGUCCCUUUGGAAAGCUUGGCUGCUCCUGUCCCUUUAAGAAUACUCCAGCUGUUCCCUGACCAGGCAGAGAGAAGCAGCAUCUAGGAAAGAGGCAGGCAGAAAGCGAGAGGGAGCUGGAAGGAGAACGCCGCCAGUGCAUGCUCUCGGGAAACCUCUGGCCUUUUCCCAGCCGGGAUACAUUCUCUAAAGAUGGACCGUGGGUGCCCUGGAGGUUAACUUUUGCUGACUUCACAGCAGGGAGGAGGCUUCCCACCUCUGUCGUGAAUGGUCGAGCCAUCUCCCUUUCUGCGAGAAGUUUGCAAAGGGGGAACGAGAAGGGACCCACUUGCUGGACUUGAUCUUGAAGUUAGCAAGGGAUGAAGGGCAGGAGAAGCCCGGCCGGUCCUUCUUGAGCCAGCUUGGCCAGAUCGAAGGGGCUCUGUCAGUCGGCAGCAAUGCUUUUACCACAUCAGGACCAAGGCUGGAGCCCAGAAACCACCGGGGAAUCUUCUUUUGGCAUUUGGGAUUGAAAGAGCAAGGGUCGCGAACUGCCCUUUCCACCAGCCCAAGCUUUGAAACACUGGAAGACUGACCCUGGGAUAUAAUCCACCAUGAAGGGGAUCUUCUAUCUUCUGACCCUGAUCCUGACAGAAGGAAUGACAGACGUGGUAAGGUCAGCCCGGGACUGCCUCCAGGCCGGGGAAUCCUGCACCAAUGAUCCCAGCUGCAGCUCUAAGUUUCGGACCCUCCGGCAAUGCAUCGCUGGCAAUGGGGCCAACAAGCUGGGGCCAGAUGCCAAGAGCCAGUGCCGGAACACCGUCACGGCUCUCCUUUCCAGUCAAUUGUAUGGUUGCAAGUGCAAACGAGGCAUGAAGAAGGAGAAGCACUGUCUCAGCGUCUAUUGGAGCAUCCACCACACCUUGAUGGAAGGUCAGUCCAAUGGGUUGCACACCGUGGAGGGCAUGAAUGUCAUGGAGAGCUCUCCGUACGAACCCUUUGUGCGGGGCUUCGACUACGUCCGGUUAGCUUCCAUCACUGCAGGCUCUGAAAAUGAGGUGACACAAGUCAAUCGCUGCUUGGAUGCGGCCAAGGCCUGCAACGUGGACGAGAUGUGCCAGCGCCUCCGGACAGAGUACGUCUCCUCCUGCAUCCGGCGGGCAGCCAGAGUGGAUACCUGCAACCGCUCCAAGUGCCAUAAGGCCUUGCGGAAGUUCUUUGACCGCGUGCCCCCCGAAUACACCCACGAGCUGCUCUUCUGUCCCUGCGAGGACACGGCCUGUGCGGAGCGGCGCCGGCAGACCAUCGUCCCCACCUGCUCCUACGAGGCAAAGGAGAAGCCCAACUGCCUGGCCCCGCUGGACGCCUGCAAAGGGAACUACGUCUGCAGGUCGCGUUAUGCAGAAUUACAGUAUAAUUGCCAACCGUCCACACAGUCGGCCACAGGAUGCCAGAGAGAAAACUACGCCGCAUGUCUAUUAGCCUAUACUGGGAUCAUAGGUAGUCCCAUCACCCCAAAUUACAUCGACAACUCGACCUCAAACAUAGCUCCGUGGUGCACAUGCAAUGCCAGUGGCAACAGGCAAGAGGAGUGCGAGAGCUUCCUGCACCUUUUCACUGCCAACACCUGUCUCCAAAAUGCCAUCCAAGCCUUUGGCAACGGGACAUACCUGAGCGCAGCCCUGGGUCCCUCCACCCCUCCCACAACGCAGAUGCGCAAACAAGAGAGGAACGCCAACAAAGCAGCGGCCACCCUCAGAGAGAACAUCUUCGAGCAGAUACAGCCCACCAAGAUAUCUGUCGAGGAGAAAGUCUUACAAGACGCCACUCACUUAGCAUCCGGUGCCUCCCUCAGAGUCCUGGUGCUGUCCGUCCGUGGCUGCUGGGUCCUGUGGUCCUUUGCCUCUGCCAGCACAUCCCUCCUGGUGUCCAUGUGAACUGGAGCGAGCCCACACCCGAGAGCUGAGACUGAACUGCUCUUUGUUGUGUAUCAUUUUUCAACGUGGAGAGCCAGGGUCCAAGGCGGCGCCGGCCUCCACCUCCCUCCUCAUCAACUUAAGAAGCAAAGAAACCCAUCUCAUCCAGUUGUUUGUUGGCACCUUUUCUGGUGAGCAAAUGCUGUCCUCAUCUGGGGAGGUGCUGGAGAUCCAAACCUUCACGAGAAACCUCAUGAUCCAUCAUUGGGCCCCUGCAAAAGUCACCGUUUGGGACUCAAUUCAUAACCCUUUUUCCUUUUAAUGUUGGCAGGUCAGCAAACAUUGCCAACUUUGGUGUGAUAAAGCAGCUGCUACCCUCUUGGAGUCUGUUCUUAUGUGCCUUCAAGUCAACUCCGACUUAUGGCGAACCUAUUAUGGGGUUUACUUGGCAAGGUUGCUUUGGAGGAAAUGUGCCACUGCCUUCCUCUGAGGACAAGAGAGUGUGUUUUGCCCAUGGUCACAAGUGGGGUUCCUUGGCUGAGCGAGGAUUUGAAGCCUGGUCUCUUGAAGUCCAUACCCAACAUUCAAUGCUGGAUCUUGGAGGACCUUCUAUGGAAGGGUUGGAGUAGAAACUUACUAACAACCUGUAUCUCCACACAUUGUAUCGGUAGCUGGACUGCUUCCUCAUGCCAAUAUGGUCAACUCCUGCUAACAGUUUCACCCAGUCCCCUAAUUAUUUUUUAAAGGGUUGAAUGGUUAUCCUUUGAGACUGAAACUCAGACCCAAACACUUGGAUGUCCUACACGGCCCAGUUGCAAAGAUCUGUGCUAUUCUUCUAUGACUUCAUGAGAUGUUGAAGCAAUGGAUUAUCUGUUGAAGAAUGGGUUUGCUUGGAGAAUAUAUACUUGUUUGUAACUUCAUGGGAACUUCUAGGACCAGAGAGACUGAGUUUCUGAUGCUAAAGAGGAGAAACAAAACAUCAUCCCUUUCCCAUGAGCAAGUCGUGGACUCGGUUCCAAUGGGGCAUGUUCAAGGACAAAACUCCCAUCUUAUCUGGUAAUAUACAAGGGGGCAAACCAUACAUGUGUCUGGAGUCCUACCAUGUCAUUGAUGGGCAUCUUCAGGUUGUGUGGUCCUCCUCCAAACUUGUGUUGCUGAACCAGUCAUCCCAAGGGAUUUUGAGAGAAGGUUUAGCUCCCCACAGAGUGCUUGUGAUGUUGUGUGCCUUCAAGUCACUUCUGACCUAUGGCAACCCUAAAGGGUUUUGAGCAUUGGCUACAACUUUGGUGACCAGGUUCAAUGUUGGAAAUCUAAUGGAUUGGACAAGU